GUCGCUGUGCGGAUAGUUCCGUGUGAUCCCACGUGUUCGGUGAAGAUGUCGGAGGAGAAGGUGUCGGCGGGGCCCCUCCUGUCUCUGGACCCCAAAUUACAGGGGGAGUUCCAGGAGAGAGUCAGGAAGAUCCGCAAGAAGGGCCGACAGUCUGAGAAACUCACCCCCGGCGUCCUCUACAUCGGACACAUCCCCCGCCUGCUGUUUGAGCCUCAGCUGAGGGAAUAUUUCAGCCAGUUUGGAACAGUCACGCGGUUCCGCCUCUCCAGGAGUAAGAAGACCGGGAACCCUAAAGGAUACGCCUACAUCGAGUUCGAAUGUGAGGAUGUGGCCAAGAUCGUGGCGGAUACCAUGAACAAUUAUCUGUUCUGUGAGCGGCUCCUGAAAUGCGAAUUUAUACCCCCGGAGAAAGUUCACCCAAAAGUUUUUAUCGGAUGCAACAGCAAGUUCAAGAAACCUUCACUGCCAGCGGUGACACGCUACAACAGGAAUCGUUCCGAGCAGCAGCAGCAGAAGAUGACCAAAAAGAUGCUGGAGAAGGAGAGGAAUCUGAGGAAGCGGCUGGCAGAGAAAGGAAUCGACUACGAUUUCCCAGGAUUUGUAAGUGUUCUGGAAUCUUUCUCGCAAUUUCAAAUUAAACAUACUUCUUUCUGUAUCCAGGCCCCGACCCCAGAGUGCACGCCCACCGUCCUGGAAAGAAGGAGGUCUGCCCGCCUGGAAGCCCCUGAGGACAGCGACGAUGACGAGAUUGUCGUGAAUUUACCAAAAGAUAAAACACCAUCAAAGAAGAAAUCAAAGCCCAGAAAGUCCACCCCUCCAGAAACCCCCAAGGACCGCAAUAACGAGGUCGCCGUGAAUUCACCGGAAGUAAAAACCUCUUCGAGGAAGAAAUCAAAGCCCAGCAAGUCCGCCCCUCCGGAAACCCCCAAGGACCGCAAUGACGAGGUCACCCUGAAUUCACCGGAAGUAAAAACCUCUUCGAGGAAGUAA